CACGUUGUUGUAUUUUUUCUUUUUUAUAAUAACCAGCCUUUGGUUCUGUGGGCUUUUUUGUACCGAAAUAAAAUAUUGGAAUAAAACAUGCCACAGAAUGAGUAUAUGGAACGCCAUCGAAAGCUGUAUGGCCGACGAUUGGAUUUUGAAGACCGCAAAAGGAAGAAGGAGGCUCGUUUACCAAAGGAACGAUCGAAGAAGGCUAGAAAAUUGCGUGGUAUCAAAGCGAAAAUAUUUAACAAAGAACGACGCAAUGAAAAAAUUCAGAUCAAAAAGAAAAUUCUAUCUCAUGCAGAGAAGAAUGUGAAAAAGCAAGUGAAGGAUGUCGAAGAAGGUGCUGUCCCUCAUUAUCUUCUGGAUAGAGGCACACAGGGAAGUGCUAAAGUUUUGUCAAAUAUGAUAAAGCAAAAGAGGAAGGAAAAGGCUGGAAAAUGGGAUGUCCCCAUUCCGAAGAUCCGGGCACAGUCUGAUAUGGAAGUCUUCAAAAUUUUGAAGUCAGGCAAGACCAAAAGAAAAUCUUGGAAACGUAUGGUAACCAAGGUUACAUUCGUUGGAGAAAAUUUUACCCGCAAACCUCCCAAGUUUGAACGUUUUAUAAGACCCAUGGCGCUUCGAAUGAAAACAGCCCACGUAACUCAUCCCGAAUUGAAGGCAACGUUCCAAUUACCUAUCAUUGGAGUUAAACGAAACCCAAGCUCGCCAAUGUUCACUUCUCUUGGCGUCAUUACAAAGGGUACUGUAAUUGAAGUUAAUAUAUCUGAACUAGGUCUGGUGACGCAAACUGGAAGAGUAGUUUGGGGAAAAUACGCUCAAGUUACAAAUAAUCCUGAAAAUGACGGAGUUAUCAAUGCAGUGCUGUUGGUAUAAACAACUAUCUUUAACGAAUAAAUUAAACCAAUAGCCCACAAAAUCUAGUGUGCUUUGACGAUUAAUUUGAUUUGUACAUAUUUGCUUAUUUCCCGAAGUUACACCAUUUACAGUUUUCUUUUCAAAUUAAAGAUUAUCUUUUACUAAUAUA